AUGUCACUGACGUUAUUAUGGGAAACGCUUUGGGGCUGUUUUGCAGUUUCCUUGCAGUCAUCCUGUUUAGCAAGCCGCAGCCUGCACUACUCUAUCUUGUUCCGUGUUGCCUUGUUCCUGUCCUUACGAGGGCUUUUAGGCAACACCAGUUUAGGAAGUUGUGGAAUGGACCCGUUGGGAUUUUUAUUAAUGAGACAGAGUCGUCUGUAUGCUUUAUUGUUUGUUUUCAUGCACCUUGGUCGAAUUGAGCAUACGAAUGAGAUUCCGCGUAAUUGUAUUUUCAUCAGGAUGAGCGAAAAGUCGAAUGUUAUGAGAAAUAUCCGAGUGGAGAAGCUCGUUAUUAACAUUUGCGUCGGAGAAUCUGGAGAUGCUGUUUCUAAGGCUGCUCGUGUUUUGCAGCAGAUUUCGGGACAGGAGCCUAUUUAUGGAAAGGCUCGCUUUACCAUUCGUUCCUUCUCCAUUCGUCGUAAUGAGAAGAUCUCUGUGCAUGCUACGAUCCGUGGUGAGAAGGCUCUGGAGAUUCUGGAGCGCGGACUGAAGGUGAAGGAGUACGAGCUGGUGAAGAGAAAUUUCUCCGACUCUGGCAAUUUUGGCUUUGGUAUUCAGGAGCACAUCGAUCUGGGUAUCAAGUACGAUCCUAACACCGGUAUUUUCGGUAUGGAUUUCUACGUGCAGCUGGCUCGUCCUGGUGGCCGUGUGAGCAAGCGUAAGGCUCAGCGCAGCCGUAUUGGCUAUUCUCACAAGGUGACUCGCGAGGAGGCCAUGGAGUGGUUCAAGAAGACGUACGAUGGAAUCAUUCUGGACAAGGCGAAGUAAGCUCUGUGAUGAAGAUAUGAACGCCG